AUGGAGGCUCCAGGUAAGGUGCACAUGAGGCUAGACCCAACAAGUACCGCACACGCCGAGGAGUCUCAAAUUGAGAAGAGUGUGGAGAAGCAACCAACGAGGAUUCGACUGUCACCUUUAGUUGAUCCUUCUCGUAUCCCAUAUCCCGCCCGCCUGAAGCAUCAGAAAUAUGCUAAGGAGCACAGGCAGUUUCUUGAAAUGUUUAAGCAGGUGAAGAUUAAUCUUUCGUUCAUAGAGGCCUUGCAGUCGAUGCUCAAGGGAGCCGUGACCUCUGCUCAUGCUCUAGCUGAUUUAGGCGCCAACAUCAAUCUGAUGCCAUUUUCAUUGUAUGAUAGGUUAGGUUUAGGAGAGCUUACACCCAUGCGUAUGUCGUUGUCUUUGGCUGAUCGUUCAGUUAAGUAUCCUUGUGGGAUAGUCGAGAAUUUGUUGGUUAAAGUGGAUAAAUUCGUAUUUCCUGUGGAUUUCGUCAUUCUUGACAUGGAGGCCGAUGAGAGAGUUCCUAUUAUUUUGGGCCGUCCAUUCCUUAGAACCGCAAAGGCGAUCAUUUACGUUUUUUAA